AUGGCUGCACAACAACAAGAACUAGAUGAGAAGAACCCAUUCUAUGAGUUAGUUGUUAUUUGUAGUACUUCUGGUCAAUUUGACCAAACCGUCAAUUCGUUCAAAGAUAUUAUAAAGAAGUCUAAGUUAGUAUGUAUAAAAGACUCUGAGUUGUUAGAUUGGAUAAAGAAGUACCAAAGAAGAGUUUUGAAGUACAAUGCUAUAAAUGAGUAUGUCAAUUCGAAGUUUAAAGACCCAAAUGAGGAAAUGCAGAGAAUAUUAGAGAAGAAACACUUCAGAAACAAACAGAAAGAGAUAGAAUACAUUUCGAAGAAAUUGCAAUCUUACGAUUGGAAGACAUACCCUCAUAGAUGUCUUCUUAUUUUAGAUGACUUUGCUUCUCAUCCUUUGUUAAAGAAUAGAGAACAAGACAUGUGUCGAAUUCUUAAGAAGCUCAGACACUUUAACAUCUCUGUUGUCAUUUGUGUACAGACAGCAAAGAGUUUAAGUAAGGAUGUAAAGAGAAUACUUACUGACAUUGUACUUUUCCCCGGAUUGUCCGAAGACGAUUUCAUGGAACUUAUGAAAGAGUCCAUGGCAGGUAAGUUUGACAGACAUGAACUAUGGGAGAAGUACAAAGUCAUACAAGACCCUCAUACUUCUUUCAGAAUUCAUAUCUACGCAAACAAAGUUCAAAUUGUAAAAAGUCAAGCGUAA